AUGGUGUUUGGUCAAGUAGUAGUUGGUCCUCCUGGCUCUGGGAAAACAACUUACUGUAAUGGCAUGUCUCAGUUCCUCAAUCUAAUUGGAAGGAAGGUUGCUAUUGUCAACUUGGAUCCAGCUAAUGAUUCAUUACCAUAUGACUGUGCUGUGAACAUUGAGGAUCUUGUGAAACUGAGUGAUGUCAUGAUAGAACAUUCUCUUGGUCCCAAUGGAGGUCUUGUAUACUGUAUGGAUUAUCUAGAGAAAAAUAUUGACUGGUUGGAAGAAAAAUUGAAACCUCUUCUGAAAGAUCAUUAUUUACUCUUUGAUUUUCCUGGCCAAGUGGAACUAUUUUUUCUUCAUUCAAAUGCCAAGAAUGUCAUCACGAAACUCAUAAAGAAAUUAAACUUACGGUUAACGGCAGUGCAUUUGGUUGAUGCCCAUCUUUGCAGUGACCCUGGGAAGUACAUUAGUGCAUUGCUUCUAACCUUAUCCACAAUGCUACAUCUAGAACUCCCCCACAUAAAUGUGUUGUCAAAAAUUGAUUUAAUUGAGAGCUAUGGGAAGCUAGCCUUCAACCUUGACUUUUAUACAGAUGUGCAAGACUUGUCGUAUUUGCAACACCAACUCGAUAAAGAUCCUCGCUCUGCUAAGUACAGAAAGCUCACAAAGGAAUUGUGUGACGUCGUUGAACACUUUAGUCUUGUGAAUUUUACAACCUUAGAUAUUCAGGACAAGGAGAGUGUAGGGAAUUUAGUGAAGCUGAUAGACAAAACCAACGGAUACAUAUUUGCUGGCAUAGAUGCAAGUGCAGUUGAGUUUAGCAAGAUUGCUAUGGGAGCUCCUGAUUGGGAUUAUUAUAGAUAUCCUUUUUGCCCCUUCUCAUCUGAUUAUUCUAAUUGA